AUGUUGAGCCUGAUUGACCAGUCGAAGCGCACGGCUGCUCGCCAAGCCGUGGACGAGUACGUCCAGAGCGGGUUCGUCGUGGGCGUCGGCAGCGGCUCAACGGUCGUCUACGCUGUCGAGCGCCUUGGCGAGCUCGUGAACGAGACGAAGCUCACGAACAUCAAGUGCAUUCCCACGUCCUUCCAGGCCAAACAGCUGAUUACCGAGCACCGGCUCACGCUCACGAGUUUGGACGAGAGCCCCGUGAUUGACGUGACUAUCGACGGCGCGGAUGAAGUGGACCUGCAGCUGAAUUGUAUCAAGGGUGGCGGUGGCUGUCAGCUGCAGGAGAAGGUUGUGGCGUUUGCAGCCAAAAAGUUUGUGAUCGUUGCUGACUACCGCAAGGAAUCGAAGAAGCUCGGCGAACGGUGGACCCAGGGCGUGCCCGUUGAGGUUGUUCCCAUGGCAUACGUGCCACUCAUGCAUUAUCUCGAGCAGGACUUCGGUGGCAAGUCCGUGCUGCGUAUGGGUAAAAGCAAGGCUGGUCCAGUGGUCACCGACAACGGCAACUUUGUGCUGGACGUCAAGUUUGGCGAAAUCAGCGACCCAAAGACACUCUGCAAUAGUCUCAAACUUCUCCCUGGGGUGGUAGAGGUCGGCCUAUUCUGCGGCAUGGCUGAAAAGGCCUUCUUCGGACAGACAAAUGGCUCAGUUACGACUCGAGUUGCCCACAAGUCUGCUCAGUAA